AUGGAUGUUAAUAGCCAUAACGAUGGAGAUCAAGUCCUGAUAGAAUCUGAAUUCAAUGCACUAAAUGUCUCGACAAUAUUUGCUAAAGGAUGGACUAAAUUUGAUACCUUUGAAAUGGAAGCAGAAAAAUCGCAUGUGCUAAAAUUCAUAGGUAAAUCACAAGAACCUGUACCUCAAUAUGUCUUGGGUUGCUUACCGGCCAUAGCUACGAUAGGGCUGCGCCAUGGGAGGAAUUUAUCGACAAGUGAAUAUCGGGAGGGUAUCCCAUACAGACCUGUCGGAGUUCACGCUAUGAAAAUAGACCAAGUGGAACUCAUGAAUCUAUGUGUCGCCAAGGCAUCCGUAAUGGAAAGGAUGUCGUCGUUGGUAUCGUUAUACUAUAUACUAGUUGGAAUAUUUGCAGGACUAACCAGGAUGGCAGGACCGUCCGCCUGUGAGGAUUGGCCAUACAUACCUAUGGCAUUAUCCUGGACAAUACCAGCAAUCUAUAGGAGAAAGGUUCGAAGUAAUAUAAUAGUUAGUGAUCCUAGAAAUAUAUUAGGAGAACAAAAAAUAAUUGUAAAAAAGCUCGAUCAUAUCAAUAAGUCUAACCAAUUUGCCCGCGUCGCGAUCACUGCUCUUUUUUCGAUUGGAGUUCCUUGGAUAUCGGUGCUCAUAGCCUACUUCAUACCUCCAAUUUCAUAUGGUGGCAUUACUUUUGUUUGUUCUGGGCUUGUUGAGCAACCAAAGAUCUUGGUGGGUAAGCCUGUUCGGAAAUUCUUGUGA